AUGGACGACGACAUCAUACCGCACCAGGAACAGCGCGAUAUUGCGCGUACUGCUAACUAUCUGGCCGAAACCUGGCGCAAGAAGAAGCUUCCAGUGUACACCGGUGAGAACGAGGGCGAUGGUGGUAUCAGUUUCUCCAAUAUGAGGAGAAAAUGGGAGGCGUUCUGCUUACAAGAAUGGGUUCCGCAUGAGUCACCAGCAGCGGUACGGGCGUUCAUCGCGGCCUGUAUCGAUGAAGAACUGGUCACCUACAUCCAGGACGAGCAGAGCAACCAUCUCACCAUAGCUCCCAAUCGCCGAAGUUAUUAUAAAGAGUUUUAUCAUUAUGCUCUCAGAUAUCUAGGCACCAAUCACCAAGACAAGUCGGUAGUCACGAGCCUCAUCCAGCAGAUCCUCACGGAGAAGCAAGGAGGCAAGAAGCUCAGUGACUUCCUCCGUAUCACCAACGAGCGCUUGCGAGAGCUGGAAUACUGUUCUGUCGAUCACCACUCACAGCUACAUCCGGUACACAUCGCCUUCGCUCUGCAAGCAUGCCUUGGUGACCCUUUCACGGGGUGGUGGUACGACGCAUGCAAGGAGCUGGGUGGUUCCGACCAGGUUACUACAUAUGAGGAUAUUCGCACGGUUAUGCGCAGUCUACAAAAGAAGGCCCAUGCACUGAAACAACGACGUUCGUAUGGCUACAACGGUGAUGGUCACUAUGUUGGUCAUACGCCUCAAGGUCAAGUCUUCUAUGCCGACAACAACAACAGUCGUCAUAUUCCACUACUACCACAAACUACAUCAGAGCCGUCGAAUCAGCCUCAGUCUGGUCAGCAGCAAAUCUUCCCUAUGUCUGACGAUCGAGCAAAAGCUCCGAUGUAUGAUCGUACUGGUAGUCACAAGNNNNCUGACGUGGCCGCGAGGGGUGUAGACUUCCCCCAGGUCGAUUGGGUCAUACAGAUGGACGCUCCUGAUACCGCAGACACCUACAUUCACCGGGUUGGGAGGACAGCACGCUUCGACAGGAACGGCAAUGCUCUAAUGUUCGCAACUGAGGUCGAAGAAGCAUCCCUUCUACCCGAGCUCGCCCAGAAGAAGGUGGAUGUGCGUGUGACCUCCAUCAACAGGAGAAGGAUGUUCAAUAUCACUGGUAAAUUACAGAGUCUCCUGGCGUCAGAGCCUGACGUGAAGCACCUUGCUGUUAAAGCCACUCAAGUGUAUGCGAGGGCGGUAGCUCUGACUGGGAGGACUAGGCUUACAGAAGAUGAGGUGGCAGCCUAUGCUCACAGCCUGGGACUGCAUGAAGCCCCUCCGAUAACGUUGCCUACUCAAGAGGAAGUGACCAGUAGAAAGAAAAAGAAGAAUAUGUCUAAGCUGGAGCGACUGAAGGAAAAGAUUCGGCAAAAGAAGUUGGCUAAGAAGCAGAAGGAGAUGAGUGGAGAUGUGGGGAAGGAUGAUGAUGAUGAUGAUGACGGUGGCUGGGGUCAGCUGGAGGAGGACCUACAAGACAAGAAAGCCACGAAGCUGUCCAAAUUCGAGCGCCGACAGAAGCGACAACAAGAGCUCUUCGCCACCCAAGGUCCGGAGGAUGAGGGAGCUGCUGCAGAGGAGGAUGAUGAUGACGAUGUGUUGGUUACUGUGAACAAGGAGAGUGAUGUCUCUGCUGUAGAGGAGGAACCUGCGACCCAAGCUGAGGCACGAGCUCGGGAUGCUGUUAAGAGGGGUCGACUGCGUGUUAGGAAGGACGGUACAAUGUAUGUGAGGGGUACGGGUGGCCUUGGUAAGAAUCAGCACAUGACCUUUGACGAGAGUGGUGACGAAGGGUCGGAUAAUGAGGAGGAUGAAGAUGCUGAUGAGGAGAGUGCUGCUGCUGCUAAGCAGGCCUUCAUAGAGUCGAUGAGGCAGAAGGUGGAGGAGAGGGAGGAGGAGGAUAAGAGGUUGAUGAAGGAGAAGGUACGGGAGAAGCAUCGUAAGAUCAAGGAGAAACUACGUCGGAAGAAGGGUGAUGAUGCUGAUGAGGAGGAUGAGGACAUGGGAGCUGUACUAGCAAGUCCAGAUGACCAUGAUGAGAAUGGAGAAGAUGAAGGGUCAUCAUUGGAGCCCUCACCUAAGCGACAACGAGGGGAGGUGGCUGAUCUCGAGGAGGAGGCUUUGAAGGUGUUGGGUUAGAUGCUACUGUUAUCAACGUAAAACUAAACGUCAUUAUUAGUGUAGAAUAAUAAUACUCUUGCUGUUGCUGCUACUAGUACUACUCUUAAUACCACUCCUUAUCAAGUUC